CCCAAAGCAACUAAAAUGUUUGACAACCCUCCCCAAAGCAACUAAAAGGUUUGACAACCCUUCCCAAAGCAACUAAAAGGUUUGACAACCCUCCCCAAAGCAACUAAAAGGUUUGACAACCCUCCCCAAAGCAACUAAAAGGUUUGACAACCCUCCCCAAAGCAACUAAAAGGUUUGACAACCCUCCCCAAAGCAACUAAAAGGUUUGACAACCCUCCCCAAAGCAACUAAAAGGUUUGACAACCCUCCCCAAAGCAACUAAACAAGUUUGAUAACCCUCCCCUAUUUUGGACCCCCCAAUAAAUUGUGAUGUAUCCCUAACAUGUUAGUGAAGGAAAUUAAGAAAUGUAUUAAAAUGCUGGAAGUGAAUGCUGGAAUGAAACUAACUAUGCAAAUGAGCGAGAGCUGUGUACAUUAAGGAAAUAGAUGCCUGGCUCAAGUAGAAGCCUGUCUGUAAUAAAGCAUUUGUUGUGUUCAGUUAUUUACCGGUAAUCAAAUAAAACGCCCAAACUAAUUGAAGUUUUACGGUAGGCCAGGCCUCACUAACUAUAGUAGCACAGCACACCUUGAUCUGUUGUCUCUCGAUCCGUCCCUUAGUCUGUGCCAACAGACCUUGGCUUAAUUUUGAUACAAUUGUGUUGCAUGACUUUUUCAGUGGUGCUGGGUCAGGAUGGCUGGAGUGUAACUUACACCAAGAAUAGAAUCUGUGUCUUGAAGGGGUCUUCAGUGGAGCUGUCCUGCUCUUACACAUAUCCCAGUGGUCAUAAAGUCACAACAGCCUUCUGGUUCACUGAAUUGGGGACUGGUGUAGAACCUGACAGUCUAGGUCAGGACCCAGAGUAUUCAGGUCGUCUGGAGUAUCAUGGAGACAAGAAGAAUGGUCAAAGCCUGAAAAUAACAGACCUGGGAGAGAGUGACUCUGCUGAGUACAAGUUCAGAUUUAUGACAAAUCAGGAAAAAGGGAAAUAUAUGGGCAGUCCUGGAGUCACUCUGUCUGUCACAGGUCUUCAGGUGAAGGUGACUGGUAAGACACUGACCUGUAGCACCACCUGUACUCUGACUGACAACCCCACCUACAUCUGGUACAAGAACGGACACAAAGUAAAGGAGGACACCUCCAGCCUGUACUCAGACUCCUUUAGUGAUACAGACAGGUACUCCUGUGCUGUAAAAGGCCAUGAGGAUCUCCACUCUCUUGCAGUGUGUAAGAACUGUUGGAUUGUGACUUACACCCAUCAGAGUAUCUGUGCCUUGAAGGGGUCAACAGUGGACAUAUCCUGCUCUUACACAUAUCCCAUUGAUCAUGAGAUCAAAACAACUUUCUGGUUUACUAAAUGGGAGUCUGAUAUGGAUCCUGAAGAUCUGAGCUCAGUGCCAGGAUAUGAGGGUCAUAUAGAGUACCUUGGGGAUAAGAAGAGUGAGGGUACCCUGAGAAUCACAGACCUGAGAUUGAGUGACUCUGCUGAGUACAGAUUCAGAUUGAUAACAUCUGGAGAAAAGUUUGCUGGCUCACCUGUCUCCCUGACUGUCACAGGUAAUCUGUCACACAUCUGUUACGAUGCUGUGUUGGAGAUGGUUCCUACAUCUGUGUCAGAGAGUGAGAGUGUCACACUGAUAUGUAGAACCAAAUGUACGCUGGACCCAAUCGCAGCAUUUAUUUGGUAUAAGAAUGGACAACCUAUACCAAACAGCAACACCUCCUCUCCUGUCUACAUCCUAUUCUCAGUCAGCAAUGAGGAUACAGGCAGAUACUCCUGUGCUGUAGAAGGCCAUGAGGAUCUCCCCUCUGCUGAAGAGACUCUCACGGUCAGAUAUGGUCCAAGGAACACCUCAGUAUCAGUCAGUCCCUCUGGUGAAAUAGUGGAGGGCAGUUUAGUGACUCUGACCUGCAGCAGUGAUGCCAACCCACCUGUGGACAAAUACACCUGGUACAAGAAGAAUAUAGCCUCACCAAAAGCAUCAGGACAGAGUUACAGCAUUACUUCUAUCAGCUCUGAGGACAGAGGAGAUUACUACUGUGAGGCUAUGAACAUUAGAGGGACAGAGACUUCCAUCCCUGUCCAUAUUAAUGUCAUGUCAGUGUUUCCCUGGGUUCCUGUAAUGGGGGUGGGGGCUGUCCUGACUGCUGGAGUUCUUCUAGUCACCAUCUACUGCACUCUGAAGAGGAGAUCCACAGGAGGAAGUGAUGCCACAACAGACACACAGAGUGUCCACCAUGACCCUAACAGUGACACGUACACAGGUCUGAACGUGAAGACCAGUUCAACUGACUACGACACUCUGGCUAGUGUCCAUCCUGACCCUAACAGUGACAUGUGCACAUCUCUGAAGAAGAAUAUCAGGUCACCAGAGUUACACCCUGGUAGUAGAUACUAAGCCACCAUAGAAUCUGGACUGAAGAGAACCACCACAGAACCUGGAUUGAAGACAACCACCACAGAACCUUGCAUUAAAAUAAUCUAUGCAGAACCUGGACCUAGGAUUUCCAGACAAUGAACUUUAACUUCUCCACAAACAUUGAAGUUUAAUGUUUUUUCCUUGUAACGUUAAUUAUAUAUAUUGCAGAUAAAUAAGAUGGAUUAUACUUCUACUCUUUUACAAUGGGACAUUUCCCCAUUGUAAAAUAUGUAUAAUAUUGAAAACAGCUUUUAAUAUGUUUGCUUUUGCACCUAGUUGCUCCUGAUGUGUUAAUUGACUUACUUUGUAUUGCUGUCAGACAUUAUUGUGCCAUGGCAUUUAUGAAUAUUAAUAAUAUCACAAUCACACUUGAUUUAUGGUGACAUUUUUUAUGGUUAUUUCCAAUACAGUGUGAUUCAGUGUAAAUUAUGCAUUUUGUUGUGAAU